AUGAUUGCCCAAGCGCUAACUGGUCUUUUACUUCAUCUCGUUGCCUUUUCAGCAGCAGCUCCCCUUGCUGGACCCACAGUUACUCUCGACAGCGCAACUGUAUCGGGAACGUCGUGGGGAAAGACAUCGAAAUUUCUUGGUAUCCCUUUCGCACAACCACCAGUUGGUGACCUUCGUUUUCGCCUUCCACAGUCAUUACCUAGCUAUCAAAGCAAUUUUAAUGCCACUAAUUACGGACUAUCGUGUAUGCAACAAGCCCUCACGUUGCCCAUUGUAAAAGGUGCUGCGGCCGAAUUCUCAAACCAACUACUCAAUUCGGUGUUCAACAAAAUCGUUCCUAAUUCUGAGGAUUGCCUCACUUUGAACGUCGUUAAACCUGCAAGCGCCACACCCUCGUCAAAGUUGCCUGUUGUCGUAUGGAUAUACGGAGGCGGUUUCCAGAUUGGCAGCACUUCACUGAAUGACGGCGCGAUCAUUGUUUCACGAUCGAUCGCUAUGGGAUCCCCUGUGGUCUACGUGAGCAUGAAUUACAGACUCUCAGGUUUCGGAUUUUUACCAGGCAAAGAAGUAGGGGAAGCUGGCGUCGCCAAUGUCGGUUUACAUGAUCAGCGUGAAGCUUUGAGAUGGGUUCAGAAAUACAUCUCCCAAUUUGGAGGCGAUCCAGCUAAGGUCACAAUCUGGGGAGAAUCAGCUGGAGCCAUUUCAAUUUCCCUGCACAUGUUGGCAAAUGGCGGCGACACACAAGGACUUUUCCGUGGUGCUUUUAUGCAAUCCGGCGCUCCAAUACCCAUCGGAGACAUCACACACGGUCAGAAAUAUUACGACUCCCUCGUCACAGACACGGGUUGCUCAGGUGCCGCCGACACUCUCCAAUGCUUGAGAUCGGUCCCGUAUGCUUCCCUCAAAGCCGCUAUCAAUAAAUCGCCGGGUCUCUUCUCCUAUCAGUCUCUCAACCUUGCCUGGCUUCCACGUACCGAUGGGGUGCUCUUGGCCGAAGAUCCACAGAAACUCGUCCAGCAAGGCAAGAUUGCGAAUAUUCCAUACGUCAUCGGCAAUUGCGACGACGAAGGAACCUUAUUCUCACUUUCAACUCUUAAUGUCACAUCCGAGGACCAGGUAAAGACGUACUUGAAAGACAUUUUCUUUGUGGGAACCCCGGACGAACAACUUGAUCAGCUUCUCAAUGCCUACCCACGAGACAUUACCCAAGGAUCGCCCUUUGAUAGCGGGAUUUUGAAUGCAAUAUCUCCACAGUUCAAACGGAUUUCCGCUAUAAUCGGAGACGGUGUAUUCCAAGCUCCGCGUCGGUGGCUCCUCCAACAUACUGUCGGUAAACAGAACAUUUGGGGAUUCGUACAUAAGCGAUUGAAAGUGGUACCGAUUCUUGGAUCGUUCCACACAUCCGAUCUUUUGGAUGUUUAUGGUGGAGGGGAGAUGGCCGAUUACCUCAUUCGCUUCGUGAAUACUCUCGAUCCAAAUGGCUCAGGCGCGCUGCAGUGGCCCCAGUACACAUCCCAGGACCGUAAUCUGAUGACUUUUCGAGAUGGUUUGAUUCCUUUAGCUAUCACGCAAGACAAUUUCAGGAAAGAAGGGAUGGAUAUAUUGACGACAAUCACACUGGCAAGACCGAUUUAAUCCCCCUUCGAGAUCUAUAUACCCAUUGGACGUGUACAAAGAAAUUGACUCUGUGUAAUUAUC